AUGGAUUUGAAUACCAAAUUGCAUGCUGACUCUGGUGCUUUAUUGCCUGCUUCUGAGUCUUAUAAAAGUCUGGUAGGCAAAUUGCUCUUUCUCACCCAUACAAGACCUGAUAUUUGCUUUGCUGUUCAACAUUUAAGUCAAUUUCUAAAAUCCCCAAGGGUUCCUCAUAUGGCUGUUGCUCGUCUUGUGCUAAGAUAUCUCAAAGGCACUAUGGAUAUUGACAGUGACUGGGCAACUUGCCCUGACACCAGCAGGUCUGUCACUGGUUUCUGUAUUUUUCUGGGGAACAGUCUGGUCAGUUGGAAGUCCAAAAAGCAACCCAUUGCUUCCCUCUCUUCUGCUGAAGCUGAGUACAGGGCUUCGAGCAAAGUGGUUGCUGAAUUGACUUGGUUCUCUAGGUUAUUGGCUGAUUUUGCUGUGCCUAUUAUGGUUCCUUUAUCUAUUUUUUGUGACAAUCAGGCUGCCUUCCAUAUAUCUAAGAAUCCAGUCUUUCAUGAACGGACAUAA